CUCACAAACAUGCCAUCAUAGUGCACUGGUUGUGAGAAUGCGUGCACGCAUGCACAUGUGUGUGUGAGUGCACAUCCGUGUGUGUUUAUGCGUGUGUGUGUGUGUGUGUAUGUCAGCAGGAUGGCAUAGCCCAGCCUCGGAAGGAAUGGCAAGACUCUGAGUUGAGGGACGUGCUCAGAGUGAACAAAUCAUGCUAAUUGUUUUGGGAAGACUGUGAAAGUUAGACCCAAGAUGAAGGCACAGAAGGAGGCUUUCUCUUGGGCAUCAGCUGCUUUCGCUGCUCCUCUCCUCCUGAUCCUUGCAGUUCUGAUUCACUCAGCAUGUGUUCAGGGAGUGAACAUGACCAGUCUUGAGACUCUAAUCAGAGGGACAGUGGGUGGAGAAGCUCUGCUCUCCGUCCGAUACUCAAGCACCAGUAUGGAUCCUCCUGUAAUCAAAUGGCAGUUGAAGAGGGACAAACCUGUUACAGUGGUCCAGUCCAUUGGUACGGAGAUCAUCGGUAACCUGCGACCGGAAUACAGAGACCGUAUCCUUGUUUUUGAGAACGGGACACUUCUGCUCCAUAACCUCAGGCUGUCUGAUGAGGGCACUUAUGAAGUGGAGAUCUCCAUCACAGACGACACCUUCACUGGAGAAAGCAGCAUUGACUUGACAGUGGAUGAGCCAAUCUCUAAGCCACACGUCCACAUGAUCACCUCCACCGUGUUGGAACUGACUGAGAACUUCACACUAAACUGCACCCAUGAAACAGGAACUAAGACCACCUACAGCUGGGCAAAAGGUGGUCACCCAUUACUAAAUGAGACCCGUCUGCUGUUGUCAUCGGACCAGAAGGUCCUGACCAUCACACGUGUUCAGAUGGUUGAUGAUGAUGUCUACAGCUGUAUGGUGGAGAACCCUAUUAGUAGCAUGAGAAGUCCACUAGUCAGACUCACCGUUUACAAAAGAAGUUCUCUUUAUAUCAUACUGUCUACAGUGGGCAUCUUCCUCCUUGUCACUCUUGUAACUGUGUGUGCUUGCUGGAAGCCAUCAAAGAAAUCAAAAAGACAGAAGUCCAAAACUAUUAAACCAAGAUCUAUUCAACAAAACCAUCACAUCAGGUAUAAAGACGUCAAGCCAGAGGAUGAUGCCAUCCCAAUAAUGACUGAUCAUGAGCGCAGGAAUCCUGUAUCACUCUACAUCCUAAAAGAAAAGGAUUCUCCUCCCGGCGAGCCAGCAUCAAUGUGUGAAACAUGCACCUCCAACAGCAGCAGCCCCCCGAGCUACAGCAGCUCCAUACCUCCUCCGUCCGACUCGCUUGAGCCGCCGGCACGCUCCUCCCGCAGAUACCCUCGCACCCCCACCAAAUCCCCACCGCACCAUCGCCGGAGGAAGGGACACAGUCAGAGCCCACCAGCCCCCUCCUCGCCCCGCGGCCGGGGUUCCGGACGGGCCUCUCAGCGCACGGCCUCCUCGUCUCCAGCCAGGACACACCAGGAUCCAUCCACCCCUCCACAGGAACCCAGAGGCUCCCCGAAAACAUAGAUGGUAGCACUGACCACUUUUGCCAAGCCCACAUGCUGCAAAAAGACAGAUACUCUAUUGACCUGCACGAAUACUUUUGCAUUAAUGUAUGUCAACUUUAAAGACACAUAUAUGUUUAUGCUCCAAAACUAUGCAUUUCAAACUUGUUUAGCUUUAUCAUUUUAAAGGGAUGAAAAAAAAUACAUUUUGUCAUUAAUUAAAUCCUCACGUCUUUCCAAACCCGUAAGACCUUUGUUCCUCUUCAUGACACAUUUAAGGCCCAGACAUGUAGUAAGGAGAUCAUUAAAAAAUGGUUGAAGUGUAAUUUCCAUGUACUUUUUCUGCAAAAACAAAAAUUACAACUUUAUUCAACAAUUUGUUUUCUCCCGUGUCAGUCUUCGACACAAUUCAGGAGCGUGCCAUGAAUACAUGGUGGCAGAGACUGACCGGAGGAGAAGAAAUCACUGAAUCAAGUCGUUGUUUUCUUUAUGCACAAAAAGCAUUCUUGUAUCUUCAUACGUCUGCUGUCUAUGGAGGGUCAGAAAGCUAAAGAAAAUAAUCAAAAAUCUUAAUUAGUGUUCUGGAGAUCAUUGAAGGUCUUGAUGAUUUGGAACAACGUGACUGUGAGUAAUUAAUGACAGAAUUUUUAUUUUUGGGUGAACUAUCCCUUCUAGACACUUUUCAAAAGCACAUUGUGAAAGCUGAUUUAACAUGCUAGGAUAGAUUAACUUUCUGACAUGUCUGGGUCAUUUAUUGUGAUUGCGCUGACUUGACAAAGCCUUCAAGCUAAAUCCACCAAUUUAACACAGUCCUACAGAUUAAUUACAGUUGAAUUAUAUUACAUUAAAUACAACCUAUGGGCUUUUUCAUUACCAGUUUGACAUUAUCAGAUGUGUGCGGUGGAGGGGGGGGUAAAACAGUAGUUUAUCAUAUGCUUUGCACAACAACUAUGAUAGGAUAGACAAAAAAACAGUAACAAAUAAAAAUGACAAAAACAUAUACUAAAAUAUUCAAUAAAAUAAAAAAGUAGAAAAUAAAUACUAAUCCAAAUAUUUAAAAUAUUUCGUAAUACGUAAAAAUAACAACUUUAGCAAACAUCCCUUUUGCGCAUUGUGACUUCUCAAACAACUCAAACGGGUCUAUAAAAGUGAAGACGUGUCUCAACAAAUAAAAUCAGGCUAUUUUCAACAAAAGUUUCAGCGUAUUGAGAAUAUUUUUAACCUUACAGUUAGCGUACUCAUUAGUAAUACUUUUAUACAGCAUACUUUUGUGGGGACAUUAUAUAUAUAUAUAUAUAUAUAUAUAUAUAUAUAUAUAUAUAUAUAUAUAUAUAUAUAUAUAUAUAUAUAUAUAUAUAUAUAUAUACCAUUCAAAUAAUUUAGUACCCAGAACACCAUAACACCAUAGCAAACAACACCCUAGCAGCCAGCCAAAACCCUCAAGCAGUGCUCUAGCAACACCCUAGCAACCACCUACCUAGACCUAUAUGUGUUUCAACUACCCAUGUAUUCAAACUCAAAAAAGCUGGGUUGUUUCAAACAAACUUUGGGUCAAAUAUGGAUUGCCCCAACUUUUUGAUAAAAAAAAAAUAUUGAAAAAAUGAACCCAUCAGUUGGGUUGUUUGACCCAAACUUGGGAUGAAACAGCCCUGUUGUGCAUUACAAGAGACUUUGUCAAGCCAACAGUGAAUGUCUUUCCUUUUCUAGUUUUUUCCAUUUCCUGUUUUUUUUUUAUUUUGGUGAAUUUAAAUGACAAGUAGAGCUGAUCUGUAAUAAAGAUGUUAAAUAGGAGAUUGAGCAAGA